GGUGGGUUGCUCUUUUUCCGCGCGGCCUGGGACAUGGGCACCUCGUUUCCGUCGCGAGCCCAGCGGCGCGACUCCGUCGUGCAGCGGCCUUGCUCUGGGUCUUCCCGAGAAGCACCGUCCAUAAACGAAUGCACAGUCUAUCCGCGUAUCCCUAUUCUACAGCUCACGGGUAGCAUGUUGAUCGCAUAUCAUCAGCAGACCUUCAGAGACAGGAGCACGCUUCAUUCGCGACGAUACUGCAGCGGCGUUUUGGCUAGCAUGGCUACCGCAUGCUUUUCACGUACGUUUUAUACGGCUUUCAUGGUCCAUGAUGUGGUUCCGCCCCGUUCCAAGGUACAUAUAGCCUGCACUGCGGUCGGCGAGGCCCGCAUAUCUUCAGCUGUAGAGCAGCUCAUCUAGCAGAAAUGAGCGCCAGCGCGAACCCCACGAUAUCGAGAGACGACACCGUCACCAUUGCCAUCAUGGGCGCGACUGGCUCGGGAAAAUCGACGUUUGUCAACCGUGCCAGCAACUCACGCCUUGAAGAGAGUGGAAGCCUGGAGUCGUGCACCGACAAUGUCGUGGUCGCCGAGCCUUUCCUACUAGAUGGAAAGGUGGUAACCCUCAUCGAUACCCCCGGCUUUGACGACACCACCAAGACUGAAGCCGAAGUCCUCGGUCUCAUUUCUGCUUUUCUCUCGGCGACGUACAAACAGGGUAGAACGCUCAACGGCGUCAUCUACAUGCAGAACAUCACUAUCCACCGCAUGGGCGGCAUGGCGCGCAAGAACUUUCGACUCUUCCGGAAGCUCUGCGGCGACGCCACGCUCAAAAACGUCCUCAUCGCUACGAAUAUGUGGAGCGACGUCAACCCUACUCUCGCCGCACAGCGCGAACGAGAAAUGGCAGAGAAAGAUAUCUUUUUCAAGUCCGCUAUCGAAAAGGGUGCGCGCAUGGUGCGACACGACAAUACGGUCGAAUCCGCUCACCGCAUAAUCCGCGAAAUCAUGGGCUUCACGCCUGCGCCACUGCAGAUCCAACGCGAGACGGUGGACGAAAACAAGCCGCUUCCGGAGACGGACGCGGGACAGGACGUCAAGGCGGGGCUCGAGGAGCAACUGACGCGGUACAAGACCGAGGUCGCUGAGUUGCGCGGAACCAUACAGGAGCUCCUCCAAGCCAAGGACGACAAACACCGCGAGGACCUCCAGGAGCUGCGCGAGGCGAUGCGCGAUCUGCAAGGCCAGCUCACCAAGGUGCAAGCAGAGGCGCACCGCUUGCGCGAGGAGCACGAGGCCAGCCGACGGGAGUACGAGGAGAAGAUGGGACGCAUGGCGGAGGCGAUGGCCGCGCGCGAAGCCGAACUGCGCAUGGCGCGAGAGGCGCGUGCGCGGAGAGGCUGCGCGGAAGGCCGAGGCCGCACGGCGUGAGACCGAGCGCCAAGCGGAGCGUGAACGCGUGCGCAAGGAGGCCGCACAGAAGGCGGCAGAUGUAAAACGUGGGGUCGACCUGGAGCGCGUGCACAUAGAGGCGUCGCGGGAGGCGGCAAUCGCAAAGCGCGAGGCGGAACUGGAACGUCAGCGCAACGAGCAGGCGCAGAAGGCAGAGGACGCGAGGCGAGACGCGGAAGUUGAGCGCUUGCGAGCAGAACUCAUGCGGAAGGCGAAGAACGACAUGAACAGGAUGCAGGUCCACCUGAAGAAAGCAGAACGUGUCACGAUGGAUACUGUCGCCGCAAGGCCACCAUCUCCUCCUCCCCCACCGCCACCGAGCCCUCAGCCAAGCCUGGGCACGCCUGAGCCUCAAACGCGGCCCCGCAUGGAGGAGAGAGCCUACUCUGCGACUCAGACGCAGACAGGAACUUGGAGGUUGCGCGGACUCCUGAGCGCUAUGCAGAACAGGUUAUUUGGAUCGAGUCUCAUGGAAGGGAAUACUCUGCCUGUAUGAGAUUAUGUGGUCGUCCGAGCGUCGGGGCAUAUUGCUAAAUAAUAGAACUAUGUACUGUUUUGUGAGGGAUAGCUGAAUGUGUUUAAUUGCUUCUGCACGCUAGGCGCUACCUGCCUUCAACUACAGAUGAGAUUUGC